AUGGACCGGUUCACGCGCAUCAGAGAACAUUAUCUGCAGGGGCAAGCUCGAACAGAUUUACAAAAAGCGGAACACCCACCAGCGACGCCAGGAUUGGCCGCAGAUCUUGCCUUCGACUUCGACUUCACAGCAUUGAAUAUCGAUCUUACACUCGGCGUGGACAGUUCAGCGCCCAAGUUUUCUUCAACCUCGACCGCACAAGCUGGAGAUCUUCAUAAUGGCCAGAUCGGUAUUGCCAUUUCCGACUACGGGCAGACCGCUCAGCGAGGACGUUCAAGAGUACCAACGCCUUCCACCAUUUCCAUACAUAAGCCGAACGAGCCAACUGGAUAUAAUGAAGAGGUUCUCGCGCCCGUACCAUCCGUUCCGGAUGAGAUGCGCAUUCGAUUCACCACGCGGGACGAAGAGAAGUCGACGGGACCGCCAUGCUCCAUCUACUCGAAAGAAUGGAGACAGCGGGCGCGGAAGAUUAUCAUUCCCGCGGAGCAAACUGCUUGUGGUGGGCCAGCAGAAGUCACCAGUGUUGACUCUGACACUAAGAUUGGUGAUAUGGCGGCCGUGGGCACCUCGCAAUAUGCAGACAGACUUGUUGGCAGUGGGGAAUCAUCAUCACUCGAAGAUCAAGCAUGCGCUGUGACGGGACGACAAACACCGGGUGCUGCGUCAGGGGCAUUUCAAACGAGUUCGCCGGACCAAAACAUCCAUCAAGGAAAGAAUAAGAGAAAGCGAUCUCGGACCAUCAGGAAGAUUGUCUCCGCUUUCAAGAUCUGGCGACCCCAGAAAGGGACGUAG